AUGCCGGAGCGGGGUCCGGAGAGCACUAAGGUGAGACACCACACGGCCUCCUCAGGCGUGACCUGGUCGCCGGGCUCUCGAGCCUCCCUCAAAGGAACGCAAUUCUCUGAGUGCCUUCUCCGCUUGGACCUGGACUCCGGCGGUGUGGUCGGGCCGCUAGGGCGCGUCCGCAAAAUCCGCCGGCCCUGCCCACCCCCACCACGACUAUCGGACGUUCUCCACAGACGCCGCGGCCGCGCCCGCGCGCAAGCCUCGGAGCCCCACCCCCGCACGCGGCCUGCACCCGUCUCGGCCCCCGGCCACGCCCCCGGCCACGCCCCCGCCCCCGCCGCGGCGCGUGCAACCCCGCCCUCCCCGGAGUCUCCGAGCUGCGCGCGGGCGANCGGCCGCCGCCCGGGCCGCCUCCGGCCCACCGGCGCCACCGCCGGGGCGCCCACCGCUCUGCCCGCCUACCCCGCGGCCGAGCCCCCCGGGCCGCUGUGGCUGCAGGGCGAGCCGCUGCAUUUCUGCUGCCUGGACUUCAGCCUGGAGGAGCUGCAGGGCGAGCCGGGCUGGCGGCUGAACCGCAAGCCCAUCGAGUCCACUCUGGUGGCCUGCUUCAUGACCCUGGUCAUCGUCGUGUGGAGCGUGGCCGCCCUCAUCUGGCCGGUGCCCAUCAUCGCCGGCUUCCUGCCCAACGGCAUGGAGCAGCGCCGGACCACCGCCAGCGCCGCCGCCGCCGCCCCCGCCGCCGCCGCCGCUGCAGCUGCCGCGGCCGCCGCCGCGGCUGUCACCUCGGGGACGGCGACCAAGUGA